CAUUUCUUCAUUAUGACUUGUCGCGUCCGGCGUCAAUAGUCCGUAUCAGCAGUAGUAUGUGUGUGUGAUACAAAAAAUAAAAUCUUUUAUUCUACCUAACUUACAAAUUGGGGUAAUACUAAUUUACACAGAACAUGGAUGGAGACAAACAUUCAUCAAUCGGAUGUCAUGUAAUGGAAGAAGAUGAUGAUGAUGACUUUGGGUCAGAUGAAUGGGACGAGAUGGAAGAUGAAUGCCCUAUAAUGACUGAUUGCUUUUUUUGUGCUAAAACAUUCCGUAAUGUAGAAGCUGCUGUUUCUCAUUGCUCCAAAGACCACAGUUUUGACUUAGCAAAGCUUAAAGAAAAGCACAAUAUGGACUGUUACUCGUUUAUCAAGAUGGUGAACUACUUACGGACUGUGCGGCCGUUGUGUGAACAGGUGUUGAGUUUGCAUAUCAGUGAAGUACCUCCCUGGACUGACAACAAAUACCUCACACCUGUCAACAGGGAGGAUCCUUGGCUUAUGUUUGACUUUGAAGAUCUGGAGGAGGCACCAGCACUACCCAGUACAGACAUUCCUACUACAGGUUACCAUGUGAAUGCGGAGGACGGCAGAGUGACAUUGUCUGAGCUACACUUCGCCGAGCUGCAGAGAACCAUACAGACUCUCAAUGCACAGAUCAAAGACAAGGAUGAAGCUAUAUCUCAGCUGAUGAGUGAGAUGCAGCGUAUGAAGGUGACACUCGGAGAAGUAGUCGUAGGUACAACAGGGGCUGGAGGGGACAAUCUACUGAACCAACACGUAGCAGACAUCAGACUAGAAGAUGACGAGGAAUACUUCAACACCUACGCUCACUUUGGCAUUCACCAUGAGAUGCUCUCUGAUACAGUGAGGACUGAGAGUUACCGAGAUGCACUGUGUCGCAACUCUGCGACCAUCGCAGGCAAGACAGUGUUGGACCUUGGCUGCGGGACUGGCAUCUUAAGUAUGUUUGCUGCCCAGGCUGGGGCCUCUAGAGUAAUAGCUGUGGAUCAAUCGGACAUCAUCUACCACGCGAUGGACAUUGUCAGAGAAAAUGGGUUGAAUGACCGCAUCAUGCUUGUGAAAGGACGAAUAGAAGACACAGAACUGCCUGAGGCUAAGGUAGAUGUGAUAGUCUCUGAGUGGAUGGGCUACUUUCUACUGUUUGAGGCCAUGCUGGACAGUGUGAUCCACGCCAGAGACAAGCACCUCAGACCCGGUGGACUCUUGUUGCCCAACAGAUGCUCAAUGAGCCUUGUUGCUGUAGCUGACCCUGGCAAGCAUGCGGAGAUGCUAGGAUUUUGGUCCAAUGUCUAUGGGUUCAAGAUGUCAAGUUUAAGAGGCGAUGUUGUGCGGGAACCACGGACAUGUGUCGUGCCCCCAGACAGUGUCGCCACCACAGCAGCGCAACUGUGUGUGUUGGACUUGCUCACCGUCGGCCCAGACUGUAUGGACUUCAGCUCAGAUUUCACAUUGGUCGCCAGUCGUGAAACUCAACUGACAGCACUUGUAGGAUAUUUUGAUGUCUUCUUUGAUCUGCCAAAUGCUAUUUCAUUUUCCACCAGUCCCACGAGUAAACCUACUCACUGGAAGCAGACAGUGUUCUUCAUACCAGAACCAAUAUACGUCAAACAGGGAGAGGUUAUACAAGGAAAUUUAGUUUGCCAGCGAAACAGAAAGGAAGUAAGAUCUCUGAUAGUAACAAUUACUCUGGGAAGUAUGAAGCAGCGUUAUCUAUUAAGUUGAUGGGACUUCAGCUGUUGAACGAUGAUCUCCUUAAUGUCAUAUGUUGGCAUCAUCAGGUCAGUCGCAGUAUGUUGUGCAGUUACCAAGACAAGAACCCUAUACAGUCAGUCAAGACUCAUAACCAACAAAGCUUGUCUCCUAAUAAACACCAGGCGGUGUUUAAUUUCCUACUUAAUAUCGUUGAACCAUCAAAAUGAUAGAACAUAUUUUGCUUUGUUUCCAGUUGUUUUUUCAUCAUAGAAAUGCUAUGCAACAAAAUCAUUUUUCAAGGAUUUUUUUAAUUAGCUGAUUAGGAUUGAUGUAAAUUAUUUGUGUAUAUAUCAGUUGUGUAUACUCUUGCUAAGAAGAAUUUUUGGAAAAAAUCUAAUUUUUUAUCUAUGAAAAUGAUAGUGCCUUAAACUUUUUAUUGUCGAUGCAUUGUUUUAAGUGAAGCAAUA